GGGCUCCGCCGAGUCCCUGCUUUCACCAGCCGCUCGAAAUGCACCAUCUCUGGGGGCUAGCGGCGACCAGUGCUUCUUCCCUCCGUCCCCGAGCUCUGAAUGCCACCUCCUGGGAGACCUUCCAACAGCUCGUAUCCAUCGGGAUUCAGGGCGGAAAAUAAAAAGAAUUAUUGAAGAUGAUUUGGUCGGACGCCGGUUUUGGUGAUCUGGUGCCACAAUGAAGACAUACACACAUGGAGUACCAGUCGUAUUUUUCAUACAUCUGUUCUGCUCCCUAUUAGCGUACACUGUAAAUGAAAAAUCUGGUGGUAGCAUCCACUUUAUGAAUGGAAAUUAUGAUGGUCAUCCCAUGCUGUACUUCAGUAAAAGUGAUGUGGAGGAUCUGCGACUCAAGGCGAGAAGUACCCACCAGAAUAUUGCGAACAGGAUUUGGAAUGCAGGGCAAAUCAUGCUAUCAAGUCCAAGGGAGUACCUGCCUCCCUGGGAUCCUAAACAUUUUAGUGCCCGCUGGAAUGAAAUCUAUGGCAACAAUCUGGGAGUACUGGCUAUGUUCUGUGUACUGUUUCCUGAAAGAACAGAUGCAGUGGAGUUUGCAAUGGACUACAUGGAGAGGAUGGCAUCUCAGCCUAGUUGGCUGGUGAAAGAUGCACCAUGGGAUGAAGUUCCACUAGCUCACUCUCUGGUGGGUUUUGCCACUGCAUAUGACUUCUUGUAUGACCACCUGAACAGAACUCAACAGGAAAGGUAUCUGGAGGUCAUCACUGAUAGCUCUCGCUAUAUGUAUGAAAAAUCUUUCACUCGUGGAUGGGGAUUUCAAUAUCUGCACAACCAUCAACCUACCAACUGUGUGGCUUUGUUGACAGGAAGUCUCAUUCUCAUGAACCAAGGUAUGUGA